AUGUCAGGUUAUAAUAGAUUUGCUCUCAUUACUAGAUUUUAGACUCAGAUGCAACAGAACCAGCAACUGACGACUUCGAGUCACGCUUCCUAGAAAUAGAUGAUUACUCGGACGAGGUUGGUUUUGUCACUGUGAAGUUUAUGACUUAAUUAUUUGCUUAAGGCAAACUUUCAUUUUGCACUUUUAAGUCAGGCUUAUCCUUCUUAAUGCCUUCUUUAACUUUACAUGUCAGGUUGAGGUCUGCUUUCUUUAUUUUGGGCCUUUCAGGAGUCUGUUGAAACAGAUUUUGACAGGUCAGGAAAACAAGUUACCGAGAAUGCAAAGUUGAACAGCACUGUAGCUGGCACACAUCCUUCCAAAAGCCUAGCUAAACCUGAUCAGUCGCCGGCUACUGAGCGCAGUCUUCGGCCAACUCGACUGCGCCGUCGUCCGCCUUCGCGUUAUGAAGACGAGUGCGAGGACGAAGAUGAGGAAGAUCAAGACGAAGAAGUGAAUAUUGUACGGCAAAAUCAUCAGGCGACCUCGUCGGGCCUUGUCCGAACCCGAUUGGGCUAUCAAAACUCACAGAGCUCUCUCUGGAGCCUUGAAGAUGUGACACGUACACCAUCUGAAACCACAAAUCAACCAACAGCGGCUCAACUGGAAGCCAGACUCCGGCGCAUUGUUCGCAGACGGGAGUCCGCUAAGCACAAGGCAGAGAUGGAGAAAAUGCAGACAGUCGAAAAGUUAUUAAGGGUACAUGCUCUGUUAUGUUUUUACGCUUUGUCUCAUCCAGAAACAUUCGUUAUCUGUACCGUCUGGUCAACUCCCACCGACUAACGUACACCAGCUGGCGGCUAAAUCUACAAGACACCGGCCUUAAGACCGUUCCAUAUGCUACGUAGGGCACCUUUUUUCCGACCGAUAAGGAUGUGCUCAGCUAUGAGAAGCCACGUUAGCGCUCAUGUGCAUCAUUAUUUAGGCGCUUAAUGCACCGCUAAUGUUACAUCUCUUACAUCUUAACAUCUUACCAAUUUCGGUUGCGCACUUUUAGAGCGUGUGCAAGUUUAACCACUAUUAGGCAUUUUGUCUUAUACCCAGGCUCUUCUUGUCUUGGCCUUGUGCUACAUGGUUAAGCCUUUAAUCGCCAGUUUUUUAUUAGGCCAAGUUUUACUCGACCUAAGUGGUGAUAGCCUUGCCCCUAGAGCGGUUUUGGCGUACGGGCACAUUUUUACUGACAGGUAACGGUAGCUUUGCCACAAAAACGCCUCACUGAGUGGAUAACCGACAGCAUUCGGUGCCGUUGCUGUUUGAAUCUUCCCACUUAUCGGCCAUGACCCCUAAACAUCAAAUUACGGAAGUAACUGCUUCCGGUGUUGCUUACUGACCCUCAUAAGCGAACCCACGCUUUGACUUUAUUAUCGUCAUUGGUUCACUUUCUGUUGUCAGGGGCUCACAUCAUUUUUUACUUUUGGUGUCCAGGUCAAUACAAACUACACUGUAGUCCCAGGGAAGGGCCGCGGACGUGGCCGAAGGCGAAAGACAACAGACGCCCCUGUCCCAGCUUGUACGGCAGCCUCAUCAGACAGUGAAGAUUCUGUGCAAUUCCCCGACUCCAACAGCACUGGUGCCAAUGGAGGCGGCGUUGGCGGUGGUCAACCCAAGAAUGCCCUCCAUCCCUCCGCCACCCUUGACCCACCCGUCGGCUACAUUCGCCUUAUCUCCUCAGAGCGAUUUUCUCCUCAUACUACGGUGCUGGCGUUGCCUCCCGCCGUCGAACUCUCCCUCUCCUUUCCUCACCAUGUAGCACCUCCAGAACCUGUCCGUACUUUGUGUGCACAGUGCUGUAUUCGUCCUCGACGCUAUGCAUGUCCAAAAACCGGUAAACCUCUCUGCAGCCUUGAGUGUUUCAAGACUCUCCGCGCCCAGUCUCUCGAGAUCGAAGCUGUCAGCUAG